AUGGAGCGCUCCCACGUCUCCGGGGAAGCUCCUCAGCCUACACAAACUGAGCCAGAACCCAACCACAACUUGUCGCGCAUGCGCAAGCUCAGUCACGCCGCUCGAUUCGUCCGCAAGAUGUCUUCCAGUGUGCCAUUCACUCCUCCUGGGUCGCCCAGUCCAGCGACAGGCAAUGCAGCACCCACUGUUGAGCCUGAUUACGGCCACUUGCAAGCGCCUCUUCCUCCUGGUUUUGCGCCCCCUCCUGGCUUGCCUCCUCCGCCAGGCCUACCUCAUCCCCUAGGAUUACGUCCUCCUCCAGGUUUCGGUCCUCUUCCUCCUCGAGGAGCGGUGUUUGGUUCGCAGCACUCGCCUCCAGCUCGUCGUCCUGGCGGUACCCACCUCGAGAACUGCCAUUCGCUCAGCAAGACCCGUGUGUAUGAUGACACUCUGCGGUGCGACAAAUGCGGUGGUGGCUCAGACUUUGGUUGGUUCUACCGCUGCUGCCACGAUACCGAGACUCGACUCUACGAGUCCAUUCGAGAUGGACACACUGAGCAUUUCGACGACAUCGGAGAGAUGUUCAGCCACCAGUUGAAGCGGCCGGGCAGAGGCCCCGCCGCACGGUCAGACAAGCUGAGCCUUCUCGAAGAGCUGACGCCCGAGCAAAUCGAGUCGCUUUCGGCGCCCCAGCUCGCCCAGCUCCUGAAACAGCGAGGCCACGCGAACGAACAGGCGAUCACCGACCGGUUUGGCUUACUUGGCCUGGCUGGCUAUGAGAGGCCCUUCCUGAAGAACGAGACUCAGGAGUGCAAGCAGACCUUGUGCCCGGCGUGUGGCAAGGGAAUGAUGGGUGAUGAAGUGUCUUUCCUUGACCUAGACGGCAUCCUCAAGGGCGACAUCCCACCAACGGUCGCGCUGGGCUACGGCUUCCGCAAGUCUGGCCGCCCGAUCGCUGAUGCCAAUGUCGUGCGCAACAUCGGCCUGCGCAAGGCUCCUGAGAAGAAGAACCAGGCUGUUCAGGCUGUGCAGACUGCCCAGACUGCCCAUAGCGAGGGCAACAAGGUCGAGAAGUGUAUUGAGUCAGACGUCAAAGAUGAGGACGAGACCGGCUUGACCACCUUGACCGAUGCACCCCUGACCCCUUCCAACACUUUCCUUCACAUGGCUGACAGCAGUGAGGAUCUCUUGGAUCUCUACACGGAUGGAUCUUCCGUGGAGGGUUCUCAGGACAACACGAAGACUCAGGAAACAGGCCCUGGAGAGAAUGAUCACAAAGCGGCCCCUGGAGAGCGAUAG